AUGGACGGAGGCAACAGAGCACGGCAGCUGACAGCAGCAGGAGAGUCGCUGGGAGGCCCCUACCACGGCCCCGUCCCGUCGCCACCGCGGCCCCGCCCACCAUUGCGGCCGGCCGCCAUCUACGACCCCGCCGCCCAGCGCCCGCAGCGCCGGGCAGCUGAGCCGCCCGACCGCCCGAGCCGCCCAGCAACCGAGCCACCAGGCAGCCGAGCCGCCCGACAGCCGAGCCGCCCAGCAGCCGAGCCGCCCGACAGCCGAGCCGCCCAGCACCGUGCAGCCGAGCCGCCCAGCAGCCGAGCCGCCCAGCAGCUGAGCCGCCCUGCAGCCGAGCCGCCCGACAGCCAAGACGCCGAGCAGCCCGAUCGCCCCACCUGCUUGGUAAGAGCCCAUGCACUGCCCACUCACUGCCUGCCUACUGCUGUUAUGGCUUCCCCUAGCGUUCUCACCUUUGACGCUGAGGGUCGGGCAGUGGACUUUGAGGUCCGGGUAGAUGAUCUGCAGCUUUUUCUGCAGUGCGAUAGGGCAGAUGGCCUCUCCCUGUUUGUCCUCACUUCUGGUGCCUCCCCUGCCCCUACUGCUGAUGCUGACGCCAGUGUUCGCUCACAGUCGGCCACACGUGAUGCUGCUGCUCGCCUUGCUGUUCGCCGCCACGUACCGACCAUUGAGCGUGCGCACUUUAGCCAGUACAAGAGUGCUCAGACCUUGUACGACGUUGUAGUUGCAUGCUACUCUUCCCCUGCCACUGCUGCACUAAGCCGCCUCAUGCUACCAUUCCUCUUCCCUGACCUUGCUGCCUUUCCCACUGUAGCAGACCUCAUUACGCACCUCCACACUCUUGACACUCGCUACCGCGCUGCGCUUCCUGCUGAGUUCUGCGCCAAGAACCCCCCCCCCCCCAUGUACAUCACCCUCUACUAUAUAAACACCCGGCUCCUUGACUCUCUCCGCAUAGUCAGGGACCACUUCCUCUCAGUUUGCUCCACCAAUCUCACCAUUUACCUCCUCAAGAAGGCCCUCCUAGCGAUCGAGAAAAGCAUAGUCGCUGUAGGAGCCUCUCGUGGUGACCCUCGCACCCUCGUCUUUGAGGGGUGUUCUCCCUCCCCCCUCUUGUCCUCUGUUGCCUCUACUGCUGUGGUUGACCUCGUUGGUUUUGAGUCGGUCGGCACUGCGUUUGCCCCGAGCGGGAAACGCCAUACCGGCAGGGGCAAGGGGGGCAAGGGCACUGGAGGGGCUGGAGGGGGCGGUGGAGGUGGUGGUGGAGGCAGUGGAGGGAGUGGGGGUGGUGGUGGGAGUGGUGUCGGGGGUGGCGGCGGCGUCGGCAGCAGUGGAGGAGGCGGAGGCGGUGGAGGUGGCGGAGGGAGCGGAGGCGGCGGAGGUGGCAGAGGAGGCUGA